GUCGGAAGUGACGUAAAAGUCGCGUUGUGAUUUGUUGAUGUUUGUGUCAAACUCUCGGUCGGUCGUUGUUACGAAAGAAAAACCUCGAAACCGAAGGAAUAAAGUCGAUCUGUGACUACUGUAUUAAUACACGAGACCUCGUAUUAUGUUAGGACAGGUGUAGCCAUACAUGCAGCGAACAAACGGUUCAUAGACAAACAAAAACGGCCGUUUAUUCUCUGUGUGUAACUCAUAACAACACAAAUCACCGCAAGCCGGCCAGCGAUGACAAUACUCCCGAAGAAGAAACCGGCCUCCACCGCCAGUGGCGGUGAUCAUAAGGACGAAUCGGACAGACGAGGAGGUUCUGAGUCUCACCCUCAUCCCCUCACAGGACGCUCGGGGUCCCGACCCAGGGCCUCUCCUCCGCCUUGGACAUAUCAGGCGACGCCGCACACGUCCAGAGAGGAGCGGCGGAUCGAGGCGAGCGCUCGCCCGCGGCCGGCCUCCCCUCAGCCCGCUACCGCUGGAGCACCGGUCGCGCAGUGCGAAGGGAGUGCGAACUCGGUUGUGGUCGCAGGUCGCGUCGAGCUGCCCUGCGGCGCAGGUGGCGUUGGAAGCUGCUGUUCGGGUCCCGGUCUCAGCAAGCGGAGACGACAGGCGGUCUGCUCCAGCGGUUUGACAGGUGGAGGAGGAAGAGGAGGAGGCGGCAGUCCAGGCUCAGAACCCGAGGAGGGAGCUGGAGGCAACAACAGUGAAGACGAGUAUGAGAACGCGGCCAGAUUACAGCUUGUGGACCCCGCCACAGUCGAGCAGCAAGAAGAAUGGUUCGAGAAAGCCUUAAGGGAAAAGAAAGGCUUUGAAAUCAAAAAAAUGAAGGAAGAUGGAGCAUGUCUUUUCAGAUCAGUCGCUGACCAAGUGUAUGGUGACCAAGAUAUGCAUGAUGUGGUACGGAAGCAGUGUAUGGAUUAUUUGACGAAAAACUCGGAUUACUUCUCCAGUUAUGUCACAGAGGACUUUACCACAUACAUUAACAGAAAGAGGAAGAACAACUGUCAUGGGAACCACAUUGAGAUGCAGGCCAUGGCAGAAAUGUACAACCGGCCAGUGGAGGUUUACCAGUAUGGUAUAGAGCCAAUAAACACGUUCCAUGGCAUCAAAGAGAAUAAUGAUGAGCCGAUACGUGUCAGUUACCACAAGAACAUCCAUUAUAACUCUGUAGUGAACCCCUACAAGGCUAGUGUUGGGGUGGGGCUGGGCCUCCCCUCCUUCAAACCAGGGUUCGCUGACCAGAGUCUCAUGAAAAACGCUAUUAAGACAUCUGAGGAGUCAUGGAUUGAGCAACAGAUGCUGGAGGACAAGAAAAGAGCAACGGAUUGGGAGGCAACCAAUGAGGCCAUCGAGGAGCAGGUGGCUCGUGAGUCCUACCUGCAGUGGCUUCAGGACCAAGAGAAGCAAGCAAGACAGCCCCGUAAAGCUAGUGCCACCUGCAGUUCUGCCACAGCGGCCACAUCCAGCGGCUUUGAGGACUGGGGAUGCCGGUCUCCCCGCCAGCGCAGCUCUGCCCCCUCUCCAGAGCAUCCAGGCCCAGCUCACCCCGAACCCCCUGUCAAACCUCCCUCUCCAGCUGGAGCUUCACUGGCUCUUCCCAAACCCCCAUCACCAUGUGCCCCAGGUCCAAGUCAUCAGUCUUCUGCCAACUCUUCCCUGGUGUCGCUCUACCCAAGCCUGGGCUACAGGACUCUAAUGCAGGAGAUGUCACCUACUGCCUUUGGUUUAACAGAUUGGGAAGACAAUGACGUUCUUGCCUCAGUUCUGGCUGCUUCACAACAAGAAUACCUCGACAGUUUGAAGAAAAAUGCAAUGCACAGAGAAUCUUCUCCAGACUGCAGUUGAUAUAAUUGGACAGCACAACUGGCAGCACAAAUGACCGAAAAGCUGCAUUUCUAUAUUUCAACACCUUGCAAUGUUUCUUCCUCUCCCCCUUAUAAAUACCACUGUAUUAUUAUUAUUAUUUUGUUUUGCCAACUCAUUUUCCUUAAUUUCAUUUAGCUUCUCGGACCUAGUUAGGCAUGUUUAAAUAAACAUUAUAAAAUUAAUAUUAAAAAUAUCAUCUCAACUGUUUAAUAUUAUCAGGUGUUUUCAUUAUUUGAGCCGAAUAAAUUAUACUAACUAGUAUAAGAAUGUUGAAAAUGUUUUGCUUUUUCCCAUAAAUUUUUCAAUAUUGACCAAUGCAGCACAGCAAGCUGCAGGGUUUGGUUAUAUAAAGAUGAAAAAUAAACAAUUCAAAUUGCCUCA